AACCAAUGACCGCUUUUGAGCAUGGUGCUGUUGUAUUUGAUGUAUACACAAACUUUUAUGACUUAUACAAACUCCUUAAUCCAACUAUUAGUCUUGAUAAAGGAACCUACAAUUUUGUUCGUUCAAUAUUCAAAUACUUUUACAAAUACAAAGAUGAUGACAAAACUUUGCGUAAGUUUUCUCAUGAAGAUCCUGCUUGA